GCUCGGCGUUUUAUACUCACACGAGUUGAUGAGAACCCAAAGUAAGGGGCAACAGACAGAGGAGCUUAGACCCUGAACUGGUUCGACGCGAUCCUCGCGGUAAGGGGCCAAGAUGGCGAGUUCUGUGUAUCAGCUAUUGUCUGGAGCGUGAUUUACUGUGUAGCAACUAUUUUUUUACCCGUUUUAUUGCGCUUAACCCGGUGGAGCAUAAACAACAAUAGAUCGAUCCUCGACAAUAAACCCUCCAAAACAUUGUUUUAUUUUGCUUUAAUGAGUAAUGUCAGUGAUUUUAUUUAAUAUGAUAUGAUGUGAAUGAUUAGUGCUGUUAUACUUUGUGUACUCUCUAUAGUAUUGUAGAAUUGUGUGCUGAAAAUUCGCCAAAUAAAAAUACACAAAAAUUUUUGUACAAGUUUAUUUUCAGGUUCACUAUCUAAAUAAAUGUAUUGUUAUCAGAAAGAGUGCAACUGUCGCGUGUAAAAACUCAGUGAUUUUUUGUCGGUUCACGAGACCCGAACGGAGUCGGGAAAUCCCGCGCUUUUUUCUCCACCAAAAUAACAACUAAGCUGAGUUUUAUUCAUCAAAAAUGAGUAACACAACGCUUAAUAAUAUUGACCAGCAGCAGCAUCAUCAUCAUCAACAGCUGCAGCCCCAGCAACCGACGGAUUGUUUGAUAACAAAGCCGGACAAUGACGUCGAGACACUUAUUGAUGAGAAAAAUCGAUUGAUUUCACGUCAGUACACGGAGAUCGAGAGACUACAACGGGAAUUGUCGGAGGUAAUCGGAGAACGCGAUGCCCUGCUCUGCGAGGUGUCCAAAUUCAAAUUUGAACUGGAGAUGGCUGAUCUCAAACGUCUGCAUGAUGAUAGCUUCCCUCAAAAAGUAGAGCGACCCAGUCACAAUACAAACUUGGGUCAAAAUCACGGCGGGAGUACACACGGCGUUUACUCGACGUCUGGAAGUCAAACCUCCCUGUCGACAUCGUACAUAACAGGUCAAUCGUAUAUGCAGUCACAGAAUUACGGACACGCAGCGUAUCCCACCCAGACGAUGCAAGUUUAUCCACACACCGGAUACAGCCAGCCACAGAGUUACGGGACAAUGGUACAGGGUUACGGUGGACAACCACAGUCUGGUUAUCAACAAACACAUCACAAGAAGGGGUCCAUUCGUAAUGGCGACGUACUCAAGCGAUGUAGGCUCCAAAAUGCGUACGAACUCUCGCAGGAUCUACUAGACAAGCAGAUCGAAAUGCUUGAGCGUAAAUACGGCGGAGUUAAGGCGAGAAAUGCAGCUCUGACUAUCCAGCGCGCCUUCAGAAGGUACACAUUGUUGAAAAAAUUUGCUGCAAUUACGGCAAUGGCCAAGGCCGAAAAACGCCUGAGCAGAAACAUUCAGGACAACGCUGAGCGUGGCAGCGUGAUAGCCGGUGAUCACGACCGCAUGCUUUAUCACAACCAAAUUUACAUACAGCAAUCCCCGCAAACUGGAAAUCAUCGCCCGGUCCCGAUAAGAAGCAUGUCGUUGCGCGAAAGAAGACAUGCGGAAAAUUCGGCGGUCUCCCGUAAUCAAACUGGGAGAUGCGAAGUACAGAUUAUGGGACAAAUUAAUACCGGGCAUCAACAACAUCCAAGUCCUUAUACACUUCAUCAAACUGGUAGACACACACCCUCCCUUACGCCCAGCCCUUGUGGUAGACAUCAACCACCGGCAAGUCCUUGUUGGGAUACUAGUUCUCAAGAGAGUGGCUCUAGUAUUCAUUAUUAUAAUCCUCAGGAACUUUCUUGUGGUCUUCGGCAAGAAACUCCACCACGCGAUCAUCACAGAACACCGUGUACAUCACCAUCAACUCCUCAUAAUCUGCAAACUCCACUGACUCACAGUUGGGGCAACAGUUCGCAAUUAAGUUCUGGUGGACGGAGCCGUAGUUCCGGCAAAAAAGUACCCCCCGAAGUACCCAAAAGAACGUCCUCGAUAAGUUCAAGAUCCAUGGAGCAGCGUCACAAUGGUUUGAGCAAGAGCGUCGAGAAUGGAAGCUUGAGUUCGGUACAAAGCUCGGGAAGCGAUUCCACUAACUGCGAAAGCUCUGAGGGUGACGCUCAGCGUGGAUCCCCCAUUUGGAAGCACAAAGGAAUCUCGAGCUCGCCGGAGCAUCAGGAUUGUAGUCACACAGCGGAGAAUAACAGUCUGAUUAAUAAUACUAAAGAUUUAAGUCACUCACACGCUAGCUCGGGUUAUCAAUUACCUAUGAUGGAUCACGCAGAAACAAUGCCUCAAGCCAGCUACAAGGUUUCGGAAACAGUAAGAAAACGGCAGUACCGUGUCGGACUAAACUUGUUCAACAAAAAACCAGAGCGUGGAAUUACUUACUUAAUAAGACGUGGAUUUUUGGAGAAUAGCCCACAAGGCGUAGCCAGAUUCUUGAUCAGUAGAAAAGGACUCUCCAAACAAAUGAUCGGGGAAUAUCUAGGCAACCUUCAAAAUACCUUUAAUAUGGCAGUCUUGGAGUGUUUUGCCCACGAGUUAGACCUGGCUGGAAUGCAAGUGGACGUGGCUCUGAGAAAAUUCCAGGCAUACUUCCGUAUGCCGGGUGAGGCCCAAAAAAUAGAAAGAUUGAUGGAAGUAUUUAGUACUCGGUACUGCCAGUGUAAUCCAGAUGUUAUAUCCCGAUUAAGAUCCCCGGACACUGUUUUUGUACUGGCAUUCGCAAUAAUAAUGCUGAACACUGAUUUGCACACACCUAAUUUGAAACCCGAGCGCAGAAUGAGAUUGGACGACUUUGUUAAAAACCUGCGUGGUAUCGAUGACUGCGGGGAUAUUGAUAAAGAUAUUUUAGUCGGGAUCUACGACCGCGUCAAAGCUAAUGAAUUCAAACCGGGAUCAGAUCACGUAACCCAAGUAAUGAAGGUUCAAGCAACCAUUGUCGGAAAGAAACCCAAUAUGGCAUUACCGCACCGUAGACUUGUUUGCUACUGCAGACUGUAUGAGAUUCCUGAUAUACAUAAGAAAGAACGACCAGGAGUUCAUCAGAGAGAAGUUUUUCUUUUCAAUGAUCUUCUCGUUGUUACUAAAAUUCUCAGUAAAAAGAAAAGCAGCGUUACCUAUACUUUCAGACAAAGUUUUCCCCUUUGUGGGAUGGUCGUUACACUUUUUGAAGUUCCACAUUACCCAUACGGUAUAAGAUUGUCGCAGCGUGUCGAUGGUAAAGUACUAGUCACUUUCAACGCAAGAAACGAACACGACCGAUGUAAGUUCGCGGAGGACCUUCGAGAAUCAAUCAGUGAAAUGGAUGAAAUGGAGACACUGAGAAUAGAAACAGAAUUAGAACGGCAAAAAAGCAGUCGUGGAGCUCGCGGAAGCUCGGAAAACCGUGACUCUGGAGUUGCUGAUGUAGAAGUUUGUUCUUAUCCUGGUCAGUGUUCCGAGAGACAAGAAGCUGCGGAUUUAGACCCGCAAUUGAAAAGAUCUGCCCUCAGCAAUUCGUUGCUUGACAUUCAUGAGCAAUUUGCCGGUGAGAAACCUCAAAGACGCGGUAGUGUUGGCUCGCUAGACAGUGGCAUGUCAAUAUCGUUCCAGUCAACUUCAGCGAGUUCAAUGAGCCAAGGUGUCAAACAUCCAGGACAAAUGCAUCCGGUGCAUCCGGGAGCUACAAUACCUGGCGGCGGUAAAGGACUUUCGCAACAGCCGUCUUUUUUAGGCGGGUUGUUCCAUAAACGCGAGCGUAAAUUGUCACAGUGCGAUGAUAACGGGCCCUACAGCCGUACUACUGAAGUUUAAUUCUGUCAAUUAUAUAAAUAUAAACAUUUAUAAAUACAAAUAUAAGGUGAUGAAAAAAGUUUUUCAUCUUCAAAGUUACGUAUAAAAAAUUUUCACCAAAAAACAUCUCGACAAUUCUAUUAUAUUAAAAGUUCAAGACACUUUUUUUUCAUUUCAAUAACAUAAAAAAAAUUGUUCUUAUUUCUUUCGGAUCAAAUUAUUAAAUUUAUUUUUUUUUAUUUCACAAAAAAUCUUAUAUUUUUUUCUGUAAUUUUAGCUUCUGAAAAGAAAAGUUCUUUCAACUUUGAUAAAUUAAUUAAUUUCAUUCUUAUUAUUUAUUAUAAAUUUGACAGUUGAUUGAAAGUAACUUUUAAGAUGAUAAAUUGGUAAAAAAAAUUAUUACUCCAAUAUAUAAAUAAAACUAUUGAAUCACCAUCAUAUCUCAAACUAAUGAAUUGAUUAUAAAUUGAUGAAUUAUUAAUCAAAUUAAACAACCAACUAAUUUAAAGCCUAGCUAUUGAUUUUAACCGUGAGCUAAAGUAAAUUUCCCAGUCCGUCGAUUAAAUUUAAUCGACCAUGGACCGUUUAAAUAUCAAUUAACAUAUACGGGUUCUUGAGAACUUUGAUUGAAUCACGGCAAGUUAUUUAUUAUUAUCAUCAUUAUCAUUAUUAUGAUUAUUAUUAUUAAUAU